CCCGGAGCAGCGUGGGAGGUGACUCAUUCUCUUCAGAGAGUGGUUCUAGUCCAGGGGGAAACUCCAGCGACAGUACGGAAGACGAUGAGGCCAGCAGCACAGAGAGUGCCCAGAAAGGGUAUGAAAGUCCCUGCACAGGAAGAAAUGGGUGUCCCACAAAACGGGAGCACCCCACCGCCACCCCGUCAUCAAACUCUGAGCAAGAUUUCAGCUCUCGAGAACCGGAUCAAGGAGCUGCAUCACCGGAAGAAGGAGCUGAACAUAGAGCAGAUGGACUUGGAAGGAGCCUUGCUGGAAGGAGAAUUGAAGGAAGAGAGGCAGGACCUGCAGCGAGAAGAAGAGCAGCUGCUGGAGCUGCAAAGGAGGCUGGUUGAGACGGAGCGCCGGUGCCAAACCGAGCGAGAGAAGGAGAAGGCGCGGCUGAGGGAGGAACGCCACAAGGUGGAGGAGCUGCAACGGCAACAUGCUGAGUCGCAGACUCAUCUUGACAACCAGCCGGAAUCGAUGCGGGAGCGGUUGCGGAGCCAGUUGCAAGAGACAUCUGAGAUGCUCGAUGGAGCGCUGAGGAGCUACGAGGACCUAGAAUUCCAGCAGUUGGAGAAGGACAGCCGCUUGGAAGAGGAGAAGGAGGCUGCCUGCCAGGCCUUGGCUCAGGAGAUCACUCAGCUUCAGAACAGCAUUAACCAGAGAAAGAGGAAGGUGCAGCGGCUGGAAGGGCAGGCCCGUUUGACGCAGGAACAGAUGGUGGGCGAGUGCCAGAGGUUUGCACAGGAGAAGGGAGAGGCCGUCAGGAGUCUCAACGCGGAGAAAAAUCGUCUAAUGGAUAUGGGCCAAGAGUGUUUGGAAGAGAGCGGAGAGGACUCUCCGGACAGCAAGCAGCCGGUAACUCAGCUCACGUUCACCCAAAAGACGGAUCAGAAAGUCUUUGUGGUGGGCUCCAAUCAGUCCGACUCGUCUUCCUGUGUCUUCUCCGUCAGCAGCUCUGUCAAGGGCUCAAUCGGACUGCAGAGAACUGGAAGUCUUCCCCGGAGGCGUGGGGAUCGUCUUGCCUCCAGGACAGCACAGCGCCCCCUGUCACUGCACGGUGCUCUGGACCCCAGCGUGCUAGCAGUGCAGCUCUCUGGCGGGGGCAACGGAUCCUACCUGGGCACCACGGGCCUGCAGUUGUCGCGUCUCAACAGCCCCCUCUUCCAGUUGCUGGGUGGCCAAGGGGCCGUGGGGCAGCUGGGAGGGGCCAGUCAAGGAGCUUACAGCCUGGGGAACUGUGUCACCACGUUGGCUGAGAUGGAACGGAAGGUGCGGGAAGCUAUGGCGGAGAGGGAGCGGCUGCUGCAGGAGAGGGAAGCCAAGAGAGCCACCGAGGAGGCGAAACGCAUGGAGCUACCCCCAUCAGCCAAGACUCCUGAUCCCGUGGAGAUCCGGGAGCUGAAGCCGGCUGCAUUUGACCUGCGUAAACACCUGGAGGCAUCGGGGCACAGUGUGGAUACCUGCCCGCAAGUGCGGGUAACGAGCAAAGCCUGUAAAGGUUACCUGGUCAAGAUGGGUGGCAGGAUCAAGACCUGGAAAAAGCGCUGGUUCACUUUUGAUCGUCAAAAGCGCGUCCUGGCAUAUUAUGCAGACAAAGAGGAAACCAAGCUCAAAGGUGUGAUUUACUUCCAAGCGAUUGAAGAGGUCUAUUACGACCAUCUACGCAGCGCCUUCAAGAGUCCUAAUCCCAAGCUGACCUUCUGCGUCAAGACAUACGACCGUCUCUUCUGUAUGGUGGCGCCCAGUCCCGAGGCCAUGCGUAUCUGGAUAGAUGCAAUUGUCACAGCGGCAGAGGAGAAUGCUCGCUACUAAAGGGCAUGAUCUGCCCAGGACUUGACUCCUCACAUUUGACCUCUGCAGAUUGACCUCUAGCCCCAAGGGUAGCCAGUGGGUAGAAGCUGCUUUGGGAGGACGCACUUGAUCCAGUCGUUGGAUCCAGAGGAUGGAAUCUAAAUAGCCUGUGGGGCCCAUCUUUGAGUACUUCUUGGCAGUUUAAGUUUACUGCUUGAAGUUCUUAAUAUUUUUUUUUAAAUCUGGAUCAGUUCAAUAUGUGGUUUCUGAUGACUCUCAGGAAAGGAUCGUUAUGUUGGUUGAUAGACAUUUGGGGGGGUGAAUUUCUGUCCGUUUCAUAAAAUCAAAUUCUGCUGAAUGCAAACCAGCAUCUCUGGGACAUGCCCUUUUGGAUAUCAUCCGCUAAGCAAAGGAAACCAUUUGGAGAGAAGAGACUUCAUGUGAAUUUUAACUUGUUGGCCAGAAUUUCCAUGGAGUGGAAGGGAUUCCACAGUCCUGGCCAGUGGGAAUCGACCUUCACCACCAGGAAGAAGAAGAGACUUAAUCUGACACCAGUCAGAUCUAGCCCUGGUUCUGAACAUUCAAAGCAGAUCUAAUUCCUGCAAUCCGUCUCGUUUAAACUCUGCAACCAUGCAAGGUUUUCCUCUCACAGUGCCUUGCCGUAGUGCCUUGACACAGGUUUGUCUGGAAUACAGGAGACGUUCCUAAAGUUCUGGGGUCCUUCUCUUGGGAACUGCCUAAACACAAUGGCAAGAUAACUGGCCAUCCUGUACAGCUCUUGUAUUUAUUGUAUGCUUUGAGUCUCUUUUGAAUACCUGGGACACUGUUUUCGAGGGGGAAACCGUGUAUAAACUGUAAGCUAUUUAUUAUAUAAACCUUUUAAGUGGAAACAGA